UGUCUGCGCACAUAAAUUUUACCCUCAAGUUUAGAGCAGAGAGAAGAAACGAUGGAAACUGUACAGGCGCUCACUAUUGUGCAGGAAGCGCAGGUUCCUCACGCCAGACUUCCUCUGAUCUCGGAGCACUAUUUGGCAGAGAAUGGGAGGGGGAAGUCUCGGCCGCAGUUGAGCUCAUCAGAACGGCUGCUGCUGGAUUCAGAGCGCAGGAGAGGAAUCUUCCUUUAGCUAUAAAUGCACCAUUAAAAAAAGAAAAGAGGGUUUUAAAAGCCCUUCUACAAAAGUGAAAGACUGGAUAACCAUCACCUGCCAGAGCCCUGAGUGGGCUGCUGAUAACACCAGAUUGGACUAUUGGAUUACCUGCCAGCAUUUUCCCAUUUUCACCACAAAUUUUUUUAUUUUAUUUAUUUUUUCCUGCUAGACAGAUUUAAAUUCAUAUUUUCACCCUAGUUUGGCAGCAAGGCUGCUCCCCUACAUCCAGAUGAAUGAAGACCCCAUUCGGGAAGAACGCAGGCCAGAGAUCCAGAGCUGAUGCAGGACAUGCCGGUGUGUCUGCAAAUAUGAUGAAGAAAAAGAAUUCCCACAAGAAACACAAAAGCAGCGUGGGGCCCACCAAAGUGUCGCAGCCCCGGCGAAACAUAGUGGGCUGUCGCAUACAGCACAUCUGGAAGGAGGGCAGCGGAGCAGCGUCCCAGUGGAAGGGCACCGUGUUAGACCAAGUGCCGGUCAACCCGUCCCUCUACCUAAUCAAGUACGAUGGGUUCGACUGCGUAUAUGGCCUAGAGCUGCACAAGGACGAGCGGGUGCAGGGGCUGGAAGUCCUGCCGGACCGUGUAGCUUCGACGCGCAUCAGCGACGCACAUCUGGCUGACACGAUGAUAGGCAAGGCAGUGGAGCACAUGUUCGAGACGGAGGAAGGCUCGAAGGACGAGUGGCGGGGCAUGGUGUUGGCCCGAGCACCCAUUAUGAACACAUGGUUUUAUAUCACUUACGAAAAGGACCCGGUCCUCUACAUGUACCAGCUGCUCGACGACUACAAGGACGGAGACCUGAGGAUCAUGCCGGAUUCAAACGAUUCGCCCCCUGCGGAGCGCGAACCCGGAGAGGUGGUGGACAGCCUCGUCGGCAAGCAAGUGGAGUAUGCCAAAGAGGAUGGCUCCAAACGGACUGGCAUGGUCAUACACCAGGUGGAGGCCAAGCCCUCCGUCUAUUUCAUCAAGUUUGAUGACGACUUUCACAUUUACGUGUACGACUUGGUGAAAACAUCGUAGGCGGGUGACCCGAGGCAGAGGGAGAAGGAGGUCCAGGUAGCCCAGGAGGAGAUUUGACUUCGGAUGUGAUCCACAGACUCUGACAGUUCUUCUCAUGGAACGUUUUCUUUGCACCAUCUGAAUGGAGAUGCGGUGAUUGAUGUUUCACUGGAGCCUUGGAUUGCCACUAGUUAAGUGUCUUUUUUUUCUUUUCUUCUUCUCUCUCUCUCUCUCUCUCUCUCUCUCUCUCUCUCUCUCUUUUCCUUUUUUUUUUUUCUCAUUUCCACACGAAGGGAACGUUGUUUUGACAAGAUAUUCCCUAAACAAAAGUAGCUACAUGUUGAUGGUGUUUUUUUGUGUGUGGUUUAUUCCUGUUGAAUAACGGGCGUACAUCAUUUCCACUCGUGAACGGGAGAACCGGGGGUCAGCCUCCAGUUCUCACUUUUCAAUCGUGCACUUUGAUGACGGAGAGGUUCAGCCUUUAAUCGCUGAAAAGGUCGUUUGCUUUGACGCAGAACCGUAUAGCGCACAGCAGUGGGGACGAAAAUCUGUUUCUCUCGCCAAAUCACACGUACUACAAAUUUUACUCAUCUGUUUGAUAGAUGAUUCGUAUUUGUAGUCUGCUCACCAGCUUCUUUCAUAUUGUGGUGUUUUCGUUUGUUUGUUGUUUUUUUUUUUUUUUAAACGAUAGAUUACACAUUAUUCCAUGAUCUGUGUAUUAUCAUAAGCACUAAAGUUUUUUUCCGCCUCUACGACCUCGCAGCACUUGGUUAUUGUCUUUUUGAAAGAUGGACGAUUUAUCGAAAUUCACUCAAUUAUCUGAAAGCCAUUUAUGAGCAUUCGCUUUAAAAAGAGAAAAAAGGUGAACAGAAUGGAUUAUAUCGUUCUUGUGCUGUUCAGCAACGGCUCAUCGAUGCCUUCGGAAUUGAUUUAAAUGUGUUUGUAUUUCGUGAUAUUCGUGAACCGCUCAUGACCGUCUUCGUUUUAUUGCGCAGUAUACUUCGUCUCACUACAACACGGUUAGAUUUUCGUUUCCGAAUGAAGACGCGUGGAAAAAUUGGCCAAAUAUUCCAAAACUAUUCAGUCAAGUUAACAAUACUAAGAAAACUGCAAUAAUAAUUGAAGUAUUCAGGUAGUGCAUUGCAACCCAUUCUAAUCCUAUUCGAUAAAUAACUAGCUUCUUACACGGUUAGCCUUUUGAAUUUUUUUACUUUUUUUUUUUUUGUACGUCGAAAUGUGUGUGCCUCGUUGUAAAUGACCGUCUGCUUUUCAUCUUCUUUUGUACGUUCCUAAUAGAGCUCUAUGUAUGUAUGUAUGUAUGUAUGUAUGUAUGUAUGUAUGUAUGUAUGAUGACCUGAGGGGGGUUUCUCUCGUCAGGAAUGUUCCAAUGUUUAAAGUAACACAUAUACACUCUCAGAAACAUGUGUUAGUCAUUACCUCAUGCCUUUCUUUUUCCCUCCUUCCUUUUUUUUCCCCUCAUGAGUGUUCAUUCAGCCCACUAGACCUAACCUGUUAUUUUUAAGCAGUGUUCACUUGCAGUCCGAAAAGAAAGCAUAAAUGUAUUAAAAAUAAUAAUAAAUAAAUAAACUCCUUCACUUUCGUAUGAUACGUACACACACCGGCGUUAUUUCACCCCUACAAAGUGGAAAUGAUGUCACAGCUAUUUAACCGUACGACCUUAACGCUUAGCUUACCAAAUAAAAGAAGAAAAAAAGCGCGUUGUGAUUCAUGAACAUUCGGGAAGACUGUAAGAACAUGGUCUGCACCUUCAGUAACCAUUGCAGCUUUGCGUACAUUUCAGACUUGUUUCUUUAUGCAAACGGGCGCUCGGUUGGACAGUUCGGCCUUUUCUUUACACUUACCUACUGUAGUAUUGUACCGUGUUUGAUGUCCGGUCAACGUGGGAAAUUCAAACGGAAAAAAAAACUGAUGAAUGCUAGGCCAUUCUUUUUUUGCAUGAUAUGAGUAGAGUUGUAAGUGUACGUCAGUGUGAUGCAUGUGUACCCGUCUUUUCUUUCAGUUCUUUGUUUCCUAAAUGGAACGCUUAUUGUGUUUUAACAAUUGUGAAUUUUUAUUUAUUUUAUUUUAUUUUUUUUUAAUCCUGCCCAUUUUUUUAAAAAAGAAAAAAAAAAUGAAAGUGUUUUUAUUUUCUACUACGCUCUAUCAGAUCAAAUGCACUGGUGUUUUAUGUGGCGUGCCAACAGAAAGGUGAGGUACCAGUGUUACACAGCAUUUGAGGGAUCAUAUCUACCAUCACGUAGAACCCGUACACGUCCAGUUUCAUAGUAAUGUGAAAAUAUUCGAGAGAAGAAGAUGAAUACAAGUUGUUGCAAGAAUCCUGUGAGGUGUGUGUGUGUGUGUGUGUGUGUGCAAUUUCAUAUUAAAUAUCGUACAUAUCCAAUUCAACUUUGUAUGUUUGGAAGUAAGAGAAAGGAAAAUUGUGUGUGUUUGUUUGUUUGUUUGUUUUUUCCUGCUCUCCGCACACUGAGAGAAGAAUACAAAAUCAUCAAUAUGGUCCCUUUGAGAUGCUGAUGCUCUUUCAUUACUUUGGGAGUGGUUGUGUUUUGUUUUGUUUUGUUUUUUUUGUCUUUGUUUUUUUUUUUUAAAAAAAGGAAAAAAAGUGCAAUUUGAUUGUCACAGAUACAUGUAUAGAUUUCUUGUACUUCGCUUAUAUGGCUUCUAUUGGACGGCAUUUUCUUUUUCUAAACAUUGUAGAUAGGUCAUUUUAUUUGCAUUUAGAAGUAUAAACACAUUUUAAAAACCUGUUACUUAAUUCUGUAAGUAAUUUUUAUAAUUAUUAUGUAAGUCUAUCCUUAUAAGAUAAAAAAAAAUAAAAGUUCAUGUGAAAUUC